UAUUAAUAAAACAAUAUUUUGUGUGCAACGUGGUUUAUUCCAGUCACGUUGAAUCUCACCGUAACUACUCUCAUCUCGCGGGAGUUCAGAAAAAACACUGUUCAUGCAGUGGGGAGACAAGGCGAAUUAGUAAAGGACAGCUGAAAAGCAUGCCUUCUGAGGAGAAACCUCGUUUUGUCGUGUUGUACGGGUCUCAGAAGGGUCAAGCUCAGUCCAUAGCCGAGGGCAUUGCUGAGGAGGCUGAGGAGCACGGGCUGGUUGCUGAUCUGUGCUGCCUGAACCAGAGUGAGAAGUACAAUUUGGACAAGGAGAGAGCCCCAGUGGUAUUCGUUGUGUCCACCACUGGAGAUGGGGACCCUCCAGACAAUGCCCUCCAGUUUGUGAAGCGCAUCAAGAAGAGGACCCUCUCCCCUGACCACUAUAAACACCUUUUAUAUACUCUUUUAGCUUUAGGAGACACAAAUUAUGCAAAUUUCUGCAACUGUGGCAAGACAAUCGAACGUCGUCUUCAGGAACUGGGAGCCAAACAGUUUUAUCAGACGGGGUACGCUGAUGACGGCGUAGGGUUGGAGCUGGUUAUUGACCCUUGGCUUGAAGGACUGUGGAAAGCUAUUAAAGGAGCCUUAUCAAAUAUGGCUUCUGACGGGACGACUCAGCUAAAGGAGAAUGUAGAGGAUUCUGCUAAAGACAUCCCGGACUCGUCCCCAUUGGACGUCCAGUUAAAGCGCCUGAGCAUCACUGAUAAACAGAAGUCUGAGCUGGACUCACAUGCUUCUCCGUUGAAGGUUGCUGGUGUUAGGCCAGCUUCUACCGGGAGCACUGGUUUACCAUCCGAAUCUACCUCAUCUGCCCCGCAUGUUUCCCUGGUAGCCUCACUGCAGCGCUCUGUGCCGCCGCUCUCUGAGUCCUCUCUGAAUGUUCCUGCUCUAUCUCCACCGUUCUUACAGGUUACCUUUCAGGAGGCGGAUGUUGUGGAACAGACUUUUGAACCAUUGCACAGGGAGACUCUUCAUCAGGUGCCGAUCUCCAAGGCGGUUCAGCUGAGCAAAGGAGAUUCAGUGAAGACGGCCAUUCUGCUGGAACUGGAUAUUUCUGGUUGCCCAUCCAUGAACUAUCAACCUGGAGAUUCCCUUGACAUUUUCUGCCCAAACAGGGCUGAAGAGGUGGACCAACUGCUGCACAGACUGGGCCUCCAGUCCCAACAGAACCAUCGCGUUCAGAUUACUCUAAGGGAGGAUACAAAGAAAAAAGGUGCUCAGGUUCCAUCACACUUCCCUCAGAGCAUUUCUCUGCUGUUGCUGCUCACUUGGUGCCUUGAGAUCAGGAGCGUUCCUAAGAAGGCUUUUCUGCGUGCCUUAGUGGAGCAUACAUCAGACAGCGCCCAGAAGAGGAGACUGCAGGAGCUCUGCAGUAAGCAAGGGGCUGCAGACUACAACCUCUUUGUACGAGAUCCAAGCCUGAGCGUCCUGGAGCUCUUAGCAGCCUUCCCGUCCUGCUCGCCUCCUCUCAGCCUCCUCAUAGAGCUUUUGCCGAAACUGCAGCCCAGGCCUUAUUCAGCAGCGAGUUCCCUUCUCAGGCAUCCAGGAAAGUUUCAUUUUGUCUUCAGUGUGGUUGAGUUCCCAGCAUGCUCUGGGAGGCCCACAGGCGGACGAGGCUUAUGCACUGGCUGGCUUUUUGACAUUGUCAAUCCCAGCCUGGUUUUCCCUGUGCAGACUGAAGCCUCCAGUAGCCCGGCUCUACCAAAGAUUCAUGUGAGUUUGAGACCCAACUGCUCCUUUCGACCUCCUUCUGACCCAUCAGUGCCCGUUAUUAUGAUUGGACCUGGAACUGGAGUGGCUCCUUUUAUCGGAUUCCUUCAACAAAGACAGGAGGAGAGGAAGGAAAAGCCCGAGGCCCAGUUUGGUGAAACCUGGCUGUUCUUUGGUUGCCGCUACAGAGACAGAGACUACCUGUUCAGAGAGGAACUUGAGAACUUUGUGACCAGCGGCACCCUGAACCACCUGAAAGUGUGUUUCUCCAGAGAAGACAGGAAGGAUGAGGAGGAGCCCAGAUACGUCCAACAUAAUCUGUUGCUCUGCUGCCAACGAGUCACCGACAUCCUGCUCAGACAGAACGGCUACAUCUAUGUCUGCGGGGAUGCUAAGAAUAUGGCCAAAGAUGUGAAUGACACCCUGCUGGAGAUGAUUAAAGCUGAGCUGCAGGUGGACCAACUGGAGGCCAUGAAGACUCUGGCAGGACUUAGAGAAGAAAAGCGCUACUUACAGGACAUCUGGGCCUGACUGUAGAGGAACAUACUGUAUAAGACUUUUUUUGCUGCAUCUGCUGAACUACCAAAUACGUCUAAAGUAAAAGAAAUACAGCCUUCUCAGCUGUAACCUCCUGAUCCAUAAAAUGAUUGCUGCAGAUGCCUGAAGGUAGUUUACACCAGCCAAUGUCACCAAGAUAGAGCGACCCAUGUGACCUGUGGAUAUCGGUUCAGUCCACCUCUCUUGCCUUUGCUGUUUAAACAGAACUGACCUUGGUCAUUGCAGCAGUGCUGGAGAUUCGCCCUGUGGUGUGAAAAGCCUUUUAGUGCCGGUUUGUCCUUUCUGAUGAAAAGGCAUUUAUUACUGUCAGCCUUAAUGGAGUGACUUUGAUGAGACUGAGAGCAGGAUACUUUUACCACCUUGGCAGCACAUUGAUGUGUAUUUUUAAACACAAAUAAAAUUAUUAUCAUACAAGGAAGGAU